GCAUUUUUUGAAAUGGAACAAUACUAUAAUCGAGAGAGAAAAACUUAGCAACCUAAUACAAAAACGUCAACUUUGUGUGUUUCUAUAUGGGCUUUAUUAUUUGCCGCCCUGUUUUUAAAGGUACAUGAAAUAUUUGAGAAACAAAGUGCUUGUUCAUCAUCGAUACGGUCAAAAAAGCCAGGGAAUUACAAACCAUACUUCGCGUUAAACCUUCCAAAAAUACUGCAAAUGAUUUUCAAGUCGUGGAAAGUUCACUGGGCAGUGUGCUACUCACCAUCAUUUUACAGAGUAUGUUACAGUUCAAAAUCUCAUUCUCCUGCAUUCACAUCCAAGAAGAGCAAACUCGAGGUAUGGGAGGGGAUAACUAUAAAGGAAUUGUCGUCAGCUGCUAAAAUAUCUCCUCACAUAAUUCUUAGAACCUUAAACUCAGCCCUUGUUACAAAACACAAAGCAAACACCAAUUCAAGUAUGAUUGCUUUUGCACAGUUAGUUAAACUUUAGAGUUGGAAGACAAAGCGAUCAUCGAAACUCUAGUGAAAUUAAUGGGAUUCACACCAACGUUCAGGCACCAGAUUAUUCACGAAACAAUUGACUGUGAUGCUUAUCCAAGACCACCUUGUCCUUCGGAGAAAUGUGAACCACGCCCCCCUAUUGUCGCUGUCCUGGGUCAUGUGGACCACGGGAAAACAACUUUGUUAGAUGCUUUACGCUCCAGUAGAGUUGUUGACGAAGAAUUUGGAGGUAUAACUCAACAUCUUGGCGCAUUUACAGUAUCUUUGUCAUCUGUUGAACGCAAUGCUGGAUUUACAGAUCCGAAUCCCGUGUCAUUUUCCAGAAGCAUCACUUUUCUAGAUACACCAGGCCAUGCAGCAUUUUCUGGUAUUCGCUUUCGGAGUGCAAAAGCAACUGAUAUUAUGCUUUUGGUAGUCGCUGCUGAUGAUGGUGUUAAACCUCAAACUGUUGAGGCAAUUCGUUACGCAAAAGAAACAAACACUCCUAUAGUUGUCGCAAUCAAUAAAAUUGAUAAACACGAUAUCAAUAUGGAUAAAGUAGUCCAAGGUCUAGCUACGUAUGAAGUUUUAACUGAACAAUUAGGUGGAGAUAUACAAGCAGUUCCAAUAUCAGCAUUAAAACGAAUAAAUCUUUCUGAAUUAUUAGAUGCUAUUAUUCUGCAAGCUGAAAUAAUGCAGUUGAAAGCAGAUCAUACCGGAUUGGCUGAAGGCAUUGUUUUAGAAUCGGAAACACUUCAUGGGAUCGGCAAAACGGCUACCUGUCUUAUUACUCGAGGUGUUUUGCGUAAAUCACCCAAUAGUGGUCCACUUAUAGCUGGUGAAGCAAUCUGUACCCCACGAAUCUUGCUAACCGAUGCAGGAAAACUCGUGGAUUCAGUUAAACCCGGAUUUGUAGCGCGGAUAGCGGGUUGGAAAGAUCUCCCCUCUGCAGGAGAUCUUAUCCUAGAGGUAGAAUCUACGAAGCGAGCUAAUGAAGUUCAACGAUAUCGGCGGCGUAUAAAGGUACAGGACAAAGUUGAAGAAGACCGUGAUGCAUAUGAUCUUCGAGCGUCUCAUCAUCGAGAACAUCGCGAGAAAUACUCAGAAAAACGUUCGAGCCUUCAUCUACGUCAGUGGCGGAAACUUAAAUUAGAACGUGAUUCAGCCGAAUCUAGCUUAUGGAAGGAAAAUUCUAAUAGAAUUUCCUUACCACUUGUAAUCAAAUGUGAUGUACAGGGUAGUUUAGAGGCGAUAAAAACACUUCUUUCUACCUAUUCAUCAGAUCAAUGUAAAAUAGAAUACUGUAUUACCGGUGUUGGUCCGUUGACUGAAUUUGAAGUAGACGCUGCCGCUGCAGUUAAAGCAAAUGUACUACUAUUCAACAUUCAUGCUCUUCCAGAAGCAACAACUACAGCUGAACAGAAUUGUGUUAAAAUUAAAGAAUUCAAUAUUAUUUAUCGAUUGGCUGAAGAAGUUAGGGAACUAUUGAAUGAAAAGCUACCACCAUUAUCAGUGGAGAAGAUAAUUGGUGAAGCAGAAAUUCUCCAGCUGUUUACAAUUAAAGCAUCUAAAAGCGUCGUGAAGACUGGACUCUUACCAGUUGCUGGAUGUAGAUGUAUUAAAGGAAAUAUUAUCGCUAAUAUUACUAAAAUAGGCUCUAUUCUCACAGAUCUAGGUGUUGAUGGUGAACCAACUGAAUUAUGUUACCGCAUUGUCCGUCCAACUCACCAUUCAACAUCAAACAAUAAACAUGGAGAAAAUCCGACCACCGCUCAAAAAGACUUUUCUGUUUCUAAAAAUACAAUAGUGGAUCGAGCUAUCUGUUACUCACUGCGUCAUGAAAAAUCUGUUGUUGAAAGUAUUCGAAAAGGAGUAGAUUGUGGUAUUGUAUUAGUUUCUCCUGAAGUUCAGGAUAUUCAUAGCGAGAAUCAAAAUUUAUCCGCAAAGAAUUUCAUUUCACAAUGGAAAGUAGGAGAUAUAAUUCAGUGUUAUGUAACAAUCAAUGAAAAAAGUUCAGUUGAUUGGGAUUUCGAGACCUAUAAUUCAGAAACAUCAAACACUCGAAAGCCCAUAACUUGAUCAUUUUUAUUUCUAAAACAGAAAAGAAACAAUUUGUAUAGUAGAAUAAACUUACUAGUAUAAAUUUUUUACAACUGC